AUGAGAGGAUUUCCCAUCACUGCAGAUAUGGAUCAGAGGGCAGUGUGCGCCGGAUGCCACCGGCUGAUCUCAGACAGAUUCCUGCUCAGAGUCACUGACGGCCUCUGGCAUGAGGGCUGUGUGCGGUGCGCAGCGUGCGGGGACGCGCUCAAGAACUCCUGCUUUCUGCGGGACCGCAAACUUUACUGCAAGAGGGACUAUGCUGAUCUGUUUGCGGUGCGUUGUGGGGGCUGCGCUGAGGCCGUCUCUCCUGCAGAGCUGGUGAUGCGCGCAGGGGCCGCUGUGUUCCACCUGCGCUGCUUCACCUGCAGCGUUUGUUCCUGCCGCCUGCAGACUGGAGACCGCUGCGUCCUCAGGGAGGGACAGCUACUGUGUGCCAGAGAGGACUACCACCAGUGUCUGGCCAGCCCGACCUCCUCUGACACAGGUAAAAGUGAUGAUGAGGAAGAAGAGGAGGAGGAAUCUGGGAGAGUCACCGGUAGACGAGUUAGAUCAGAAGACCUGGACAGCAAACGUCCUAAAAGACCUCGCACUAUUUUGACCACUCAACAAAGACGGACCUUUAAAGCCUCCUUUGAGGUUUCAUCCAAGCCUUGCCGAAAGGUAAGGGAGACCUUGGCAGCAGAGACCGGCCUGAGCGUCCGGGUAGUGCAGGUCUGGUUCCAGAACCAAAGAGCCAAAAUGAAGAAGCUGGCCAGGAGACAGCAGCAGCAACAGGAGCAGCAGCAGACUCAGGAACACCGUGAGCACCCGUCACAUCAUACAGCGCCCUCCUGUGGUGGUUUGACCUCUGAGAUCGAGCGCCUGGGGUCCUCUUAUUCCCACAUUCAGCAGCAGCAGCAGCAGCAGAUGGGGCUCACCACACUGGAGCAGCAGGACUAUGACAUGGACCCCUUCAGACAGGGUCUGACCCCACCUCAGAUGCCAGGGGAUCACAUGCACCCCUAUGGCUUUAAGGGCCUGUACGGUGACGUGGACAGAGACCCUCUUUGUCAUGUGGCUGACAGCGACUGCCUCGCCCUGGGUGACUCCUCUCUACUUACUCCUAUUGACCGCCUCUACUCCAUGCAGGACUCUUACUUCACCUCCUGA